AUGUGCAUCGACAACCGCGAUCUCUACUCGGCCUGCGGCCACUGUACUCCGAGCAAGUGCUGCAGCGAGCCCUGCACCGAAUACGUCGCUAGGAGAGUCGGCGGCAACGGCCCUGGCUCUAGCCAACCCAUCUGCCGACAGCACCGCUGCUACAUCACCGUCCACCCCGACUGGUGCGAGAAGUGCAUCAUGCAAAUCUCCAACAUCGUCAGCAACGACGCCCACGCCGCGGCCCGGAACCCCUCCCAGAUCGGGCGGUACUGGCAGGAACGCACCAGGCUCGAGGCCCCCGACCUGCACCCCCGGGAGCCGCGCCUAUUCAUGGCCCCGACCUUUCUCUGGGAGGAGCUCGCCGCGGCGGCGGCGGCGCCCUGCUACCUGCCCCUCGACGAGCUCACGCGCGGGGAGAUGCUCCGCGGAAGGCGCAGCUUCGCCGGGGCGCGCCACUGGCGAAACAUCCUCGAGCGGGAGAUGGCCCGGUGCGUGCCCGAGGCGGUGCUCAUCGACGGCCUGCUCUGGCCUAACAAGCCCUGGCUCGCGGACCGGCACGUGGGCCGCCGCCGCGACGACGACGGCGACGGCAACGGCGACGACGUCCCAGCCCAGGCGACGACGAGGCUCGCCGAGAUUGCGGGCCUGGCGCAGGCGUUGACGAUGCGCUGGGUGGUGAGCGAGAACCCGGACCGCUAUAACCCUCUCGCUUCGGAGGGGCCGAACCAGCUUGGAAUUUAUGACUUGUUGUAA